AUGUCGGAACUGGCGGCAGACCUCCUCCGGAGCAAGUAUGAAGUUGGAGAACUUCUUGGUGAAGGUUUCAGUGGCUUUGUCUACGCUUGCAGCCGAUGUCAACAAGGCGAAGCUUUGGCCGCCAAGGUGUGUGCAGAUCGGCCCGGCGCAGUGAAAGAAACCCGCGAUGAAGCCAUGCUGUUGCGCAGCAUGUGCCACAGCUCUAUAGUGAAGAUUCAUGACUUUUUUGACAAUGGCACAUCCGUGUACUUUGUCAUGGAUCGGAUGCACCAAGAUCUCCUCGAUGGACUCCAGAGCUACGUUAUGAGGGAAAAGGUAGACAUGAACGGCCUGGUGCACAUCGUUCGGCAGAUGGUGGCUGCAGUGCAGUAUCUCCAUACCCUGGGGAUCGUCCAUCGCGACGUGAAGCCAGAGAACUUUUUGAUCGACUGCGAGCAGCUCACCGACCCUUCUUGCAGGGUGGUCCUGGCCGACCUUGGAUCAGCUUGCAAGGUGACGGACAAGAACCAGCGAUUGUCUGAACAGGUUGGAACGACAGCUUACUGGUCUCCGGAGAUGUAUGACAAGGACUACGGUCCGAAGGUGGACACCUGGGCCCUGGGCAUCUGCUUGCACUGCAUGGCCAGCAACACGUUCCCCUUUGUAGACGAGCAUGAGGUUCGCUCAAAGACUUUCCGCCUUCGUCGGGUUAGCCGAUCCUGCAACAGAUUGGUCCAGGCCAUGCUUAACAAGGUGGAGGCAAGGCGGCCAAGCCUUGACGAAGUACAGCACCACCCGUGGCUGACCGGCAAAGAUGAUCCGGAGGAUCACGAGCAGGAUGAAUGCGGCUGGAACCCCACUGGAUGGUUGAACGUGCUGGGAUACUCCAGCUGCUCAAUGGACACCUGUGGCUGGGAUAGCUGGAAUCCCACAGCCUUCUUUCAGGCACGUAAUCCGCGGAAGGCGAGCGAGCUGCUCCAUCUGCUACGAUUGGAGGUGCCUCUGGCACCACAAGGGGAUGGCGCCAGCAAGAGCGCCAAGAGAAACGAGCGCCGCAAGCAGCGCAAGAACAGUGGCGAGGAGGAUGCCGGCGCGUCGAGUGACUCAUCUGGAUGGGCCAUUGUGUGCGGAGGUGAGGCUGAGUUUGCCUUCAGUCCUGCUUUCAGGGCCAGCAGGCAAGUUUCUGGUGGAUCACAAGUGCCGGACUUGGAGCUUCCACCCGCAGUGCCGGAGGAGAAGCCCAAGACGCUUUUUCAACCAGAGGAAGAAGAAGUCGAAACGGAAGUAGCCAACUUCGCCGGCUUCUGCUUCGGAUUCCUCUGCGAGUGGGCAAAAGCUUUGUCAGAGGAAGACGUCUCUGGUGCUGGUUGUGUGGUGUCUAUCGGACAGGAAGGUGUGCAAGUUUUGAGAGCACCGCCUAGCCACCAGCUCAUUACCAUGGCCAUGGACCGGAAGCGCAUGAGCAUCGGGAAUAUCACAGCCCCUGUCGUGGGCACGAGAUCGAGCGGGACUACCGAAAGGGAGACCGGCAUUGCAGAGGUUUUUGAGCGAGCGAGAGAAGAGAAGACUCGAGCGGUCUAUGUAACCUCCAUCACCGACAGGGACCUGCAAGGCCGCCAGAGCUUCUCCGAGAAGGACAGAAUCGUGCUGGUCCCUCCAGGCAGCGAUGAACAGGAGAUGGAAGACUGGGUGAAAGCCACGGUUGGCUAUGGCUGCAGAAAGGGCUUGAAGCCAGAGAGCCCUAACCAGGACAGUUUUUCUUUGGUUGUGGUGGAGAAUGAUUUUGCCAUGUACGGAGUUUAUGAUGGCCAUGGUCCAGCAGGUCACGACUGUUCAGACCUGUCCCUGAGGAAGUUGUGCAGCGCCUUCUUGAACGAUCCGGAUCGUGAAAAGGAUCCAGGAGCCGUCCUGACCAAGGUUUUCCUCGAAACGCAGGAGGCCCUCAUGAAGCAAGGACAGUUCGACACGAGUGGGACAACGUGCACCAUAGUGUAUCACGAUCGGAAGUUGGACAAGCUGACCAUUGCGCACGUUGGUGACAGCAGAAGUGUGCUCGGUAAGAAGAAAGACGACUCGUCGCCAUGGGAAAGUCUGGAAUUGACAAUCGAUCACAAACCAGACCUUCCGAAAGAAAAGGCUCGAAUAGAGAGUGCUACUCCUCCCGGCCGAGUGGUCUUUGAUGGCUACUACAAUCACCGUGUGUUUGCGCAGAACGGCAUGUAUCCAGGUCUCAACAUGUCACGCGCACUGGGUGACAUCAUUGCUCACAAAGAGGCCGGACUUACAGCCGAGCCUGACGUUUGCGUGAUCGACCUCAAAGCAGAGCGCGAGAAAUACUCCAAGCUAGUCUUGCUAGUUUGCACUGAUGGCGUUUGGGAGUUUAUUCUGAACAAGGAGGCCAUCGGAAUGGUCCAGAAGUUUCCGGACUGCCAGCAGGCAGUUGACAGGCUGAUGAAGGAGAGUUGGGAUCGGUGGAUGAAAGACUCUGACAACGAGAUCACGGAUGACAUCACGGCAAUGUUGGUGAACCUGUAA